AUGCUAUCGCUUACACUUCUUUCUGUUGCAUCAAUUGUGUCUGGCGCAGCAAUUGAGCAACGCGAUCCGGUACCCAGUGGAUAUGUUGCCGCUCCAUAUUAUCCAGCCCCGCAUGGUGGCUGGAUCUCGGACUGGACCGAAAGCUAUCGGAAAGCGGCUCUGCUUGUGUCGAACAUGACAUUGGCUGAGAAGACGAACCUCACAGCAGGUAGUGGUAUUUUCAUGGGCAGAUGUGUGGGUAAUACCGGCAGUGCCCUGAGAGUGGGGAUUCCACAGCUAUGUCUUCAAGACGGCCCGCUGGGUGUUCGAAACACAGAUCAUAACACAGCCUUCCCUGCUGGAAUCACCGCUGGUGCAACAUGGGACAAAGACCUCAUCUAUCGCCGCGGAGUCGCCAUUGGUGAAGAGUUUCGUGGCAAGGGUGUCAACAUUCAUCUAGGGCCGAGCGUUGGUCCUUUGGGUCGGAAACCUCGUGGUGGCAGAAACUGGGAAGGAUUUGGCUCGGACCCGGUGCUUCAGGCAUUCGGUGGAGCGUUGACCAUUGAGGGUGUUCAAAGCGUUGGCGUGAUUGCUACGCUUAAGCAUCUGAUCGCGAAUGAACAGGAGCAGUACCGCAUGUACAACCUGGUCAAGCCUGGUAUUUCCUCAAACCUGGAUGACCGCACUCUCCAUGAACUCUAUCUAUGGCCCUUUGCUGAAGGCGUUCGAUCUGGCGUUGGAUCCGUAAUGAUCGGAUACAAUGCUGUUAAUGGAUCAGCUUGCUCUCAAAACAGCUAUCUGAUCAACGGUAUCCUCAAGGAUGAACUGGGUUUCCAAGGCUUUGUUAUGUCGGAUUGGCUUUCCCAGAUCUCAGGUGUCGGCUCUGCCUUGGCUGGUUUAGACAUGUCCAUGCCAGGAGAUCCUCACACCGUGCCGCUUUUUGGGAGCUCCUAUUGGAUGUACGAGUAUAGCCGUUCUAUCCUGAAUGGCUCGAUACCAGUGGAUCGACUUGACGACUCUGUCGUCCGUAUACUUGCGGCUUAUUUCCAGAUGGGUCAAGAUCAAAAUUACCCUCGUCCUAACUUCGAUACCAACACGCAGAACGCCGAAGGGCCAUUAUACCCCGGUGCACUAUUCUCUCCAAGUGGUGUAGUCAACGAAUUUGUGGAUGUCCAGGCCGAUCAUGCAGUCGUCGCACGCGAAGUCGCUCGCGAUGCUAUUACAUUGUUGAAGAACCAGGAUGGCCUUUUGCCCUUGACUCCUAAUGCGACAUUGAAGGUUUUUGGAACAGAUGCCGAGAAGAACCCAGACGGGAUCAAUUCGUGCGCCGACCAGGGGUGUAACAAAGGCACUCUGGGUAUGGGCUGGGGCAGCGGAUCAGCUCGUUAUCCUUUCAUGAAUUCGCCCAUUGACGGUUUCAAGGCCCGUGGGGCGACCUAUCAGUUCUUCAACACUGAUAGCUUCCCGUCAAAUUCAAACCCAUCACCCGAUGAUAUGGCUGUUGUUUUCGUCACCGCUGAUUCAGGCGAGAACUAUAUUACCGUUGAGAACAACCCCGGUGACCGAACUUCGUCCAACCUGAAUCUAUGGCAUAACGGUGACAAGCUUAUCAAAGAUGUUGCAGCAAAGUACUCGAAUGUCGUUGUGGUAGUCCACACAGUCGGUCCGAUCCUCAUGGAGGAGUGGCAUGAUCUACCCGCUGUCAAGGCUAUCCUAUUCGCUCACUUACCUGGACAAGAGGCCGGAGCUUCACUGAUGGAUGUGCUUUACGGUGAUGUGUCACCAUCCGGACAUCUUCCAUACACUUUGCCGAAAGCCGAAAGCGAUUACCCGGCCUCUCUCUCCUUGGUCGGCUACCAGAUUGGCCAGCCUCAGGAUACGUUCACAGAGGGCCUCUAUAUCGAUUACAGGCAUUUUCAGAAGGCCAAUGUCACUCCUCGCUAUGCUUUCGGUCAUGGUUUAAGUUAUACGACCUUCAACUUCUCCGACGCCACCAUUACUGCUGUGACUCCAUUGUCUGCAUCGCCACCUGCUCGCCCAGCGAAAGGCGAGACACCAGCGUACUCGACCACAAUUCCUCCAGCCUCGGAAGCUUACUGGCCAGAGAACUUCAACCGCAUCUGGCGAUACCUUUACUCAUUCCUCGAGAAGAAUGACGCUGACGAUGCUGCGAAAGCAGCAAAUUCGACAACAAAGUACCCGUAUCCAGCUGGCUACUCUAAUGUGCAAAAACCUGGUCCUCCGGCAGGUGGUGCUCAAGGUGGAAAUCCAGCCCUCUUUGAUGUUGCCUAUGACAUCUCUGUCACUGUUACCAACACGGGAGAUCGUGCAGGCAAGGCAGUCGCGCAACUCUACGUGCAAUUCCCCAGUACACAAACUAUCGACACGCCGAUACUGCAGCUACGCGACUUUGCAAAGACGAGGACGCUGGCGCCUGGUGCGAGUCAAAGAUUGCAGUUGAGGGUGACGAGAAAGGAUCUCAGUGUUUGGGAUGUUGUCUCUCAAAACUGGGUGAUUCCAGUUGUCGAGGGCGACUAUGGAGUCUGGAUUGGCGAUAGCUCAGACAGUUUGAGCCUCAGGUGUGGCACGGCGAGUGGAAGUUGCGUGGGAGAUUUGGCGAGCCCUGUCUAA